UCAUUUUUGCAUUAAGUCACAAACCUCCAGGAAUCUAAACCUGCUACUGUUCUAUAUUAGAGUGCUUGGUCUCAGUUGGCUGAAGAAGAAUGUCUGUUUAGUUGCAACCAUUUUGUGCUUUCCUGUUGUACUCGGAAAACAUCCUUUACAAGUUGUGUCUUGAUAAUUAUUUUAAAUUCAUGGACUUUUAGUGACUUUGCUUAAACAUCUGCUUCUGGAAAGAUUGACAUCUGUUUUGAAUGGUUUCUUUCUCAUGGUGGAAUGAUAGUUUGUGAUUGGUUGUUUAGCCCAUCUACUUGACAGCAAUAGUGGCUGUCAAGUAGACAGCAACUUGACAGCAAGUUGUUGACAAGUUGUCCCUCUUCUUGCAACAAACGGACAACCCAUCUUAAUCUUUCGUUUACAAGACAUUUUAUGAGAAAUAUGAGUUAAAGAGAAGGCUUAUAAAGCAUUAAUGAGAAACUGAUUCCUUUUGUUCCUGUUCAUUUUUAAGGAUCUGAUACGUAAUUAGAAUAACAACAUCAUACAGUACAUAAAUUCUGUCCAAGAAACAGGAUUUCCAGAAAAGCUCAACAACUUUAACAACAUAUUCAACAAAGCCAAAAUGUGGCACCAAGGCUCUCACUAACAGUGGGGGUUAGAGAAAAUAAUCAAACUUUUAGGACACACCAGUCCAAACAGAAUCAGCUUUCUGUUUGGCUAUCAACUCACUACAAGACAAAUACGCAGGAAAGUCAUUGAGAGGCAAAAAAAAAAAAAAGUUCUGAAGCUCCUUUCCCAGACAGACUGAGAGCGCACCAUACCAUGAGACAUUGCACAGUCUGUGACCUCAUCGGGGAACUCAUUCUCACUCAUCUUUGUGGCGCGACGCCAGCGGCUCACUGACAAAGGUAUUGCUAGUAAAGCACCGUCCCACAUGCGUAACCAAAAGACCAUUACCCAAAUCACAGACUCACUCCCAACUGGUAACACCGGAUGCCCGGCCAAACGCCACCAUCCCACAAAGGAACUCACAUACCAAAGAGACUCCCUGAAGAGAAACAAACAGAACCAAACAGAAGUAUGGGCCAGGAAUCUAUACUGCUAUACUCCUUGAGAUUCACUGUUGUGUGGGUUUUAGAUGCAACACUUUUCCAGCCCACCUGAUUCAAAUGAAUAGCUUGUUACAAGGCCUCUGCCAAACUUGAUGGCAUGCUUUAAUCAUUUGAGUCAACUUUGUAAAUUCAACUUAUUACACUCAAUAAUAAUAGCUUGUUCUAUCUCCAGUUGGGCUUUACUAAAUGUGUCAUGUUCAAUUUGUAUCAACAACAAUCCUUUAUGUUGUUCAAAUGUCCCAAUAAUGGGUUUAAGUGCUCUGGGUUCAACAGUUAGUCACUUCUUAAAACAAAUAUGUUUUAAGAAGUGCAUCCAUUCUACAGAAUAUGCAUCCAAUGGUGACUCGGGUAUAAAAAAAAGGCUCCUGCACUGAUGAAGACGGGCUUUCUUUUAAGGAGAGAGCUAGAAUAAUGGGACUCUGUGUGUGUGUGUUUUUUUUUAAAGGGAUACAGCACUGUUGUGUUAAUUUAUGAGGGGACAUUUAUAGAUGUAAAUGUCUGAAAAGAGAAAUAUCACUACACAGCUGAUGUUCUAAUAACUGAAAACAAGUGAAUGUAUUAAUUUAUCAUUUGCAAAUCCUCAAGUUUGGAACUGUCCCUGCCCUCCAUCUUUAUACUUCCACUUUCUGUUACAGUGGAAGAAAUGAAAGAGGCUUAUUGUAGUGCUUCAUUCAAAGAGGCAGGAAGUCUUGAAGCAAAACACCCACUUUUGAAAACUGAGCAAGUCACAACAGCAACAUUUUUUUCUUCUUGCUUGUUGUGAAACAUGGCAGUUUGGAAAACCACUUAUGUAAAACUGUGCUCUUUCCCUUUUUAGAGUUCAUAAAGGAGGAACCACAAGAAGGAGAGGGAGCUUUUGUACUUCAGAGUCUUCACAAUUAAUUUUUUCAAUUUACAUUGCGGUUACUUUAGAAACUUGGGGAAAAACGGACCUGAAAUUGUAACUCAGUCCCUCAGUUGCGGACCAAAAUUAAUCAUCAUGACUUCACUGCUGGGUGCAGUCUUGCUGACUUUGACUCUCAUGUCCCCUGCCUUGGCCUUUGUUCCGAUCGGGGGAGGGGCAUCCACUCACGUCAGCAUUACUGGGACGGCCCUGCUGCAAAAAGUAGCAGAGACGUGCCGGGCGGUGGCUGAUGCAGCCGGUCAUGAGUUCAAACCUACGGGUUCUUCUCCAGGAGAGUUAGUGCAGGCCUGUCUGGGUCCCACCGCACCAGGAGAUGUCUCUGGUGCCAAGUUCCACUCAGCUCUUCAAGAGAUCUACACCCAGAACGGCCUGGUGGACCGUGACUUGGUGAACAGUCCGCCACAUCACUUCAACUCUGAAGCUUUCUUAGAGGGACGUGGACUAAUCACUGAGGGCGUAGUGGCCAUCAAGGCCAACAUUCAGAAGGAGAACUUCAAGGCUGCCAGGGAAACACUUGGCAGAGUCCUGCACACAGUACAGGAUUUCUACAGCCACAGCAACUGGGUGGAACUGGGAUACACAGAACCAUAUGUCAACCUCAUAAGACCAGAUCUGCCUCUAGAGAACCUGGCAGAUGUGAACACUCCAACCUGCAGUGACUGUGCCAAUAAAAAAUGUCCUAAUCAGAUUCUCCCCAACAUCCUGAAAGAGAAGAAACUCACAUCAGGCUACAUGGGAAUCUUUUCUUCUCAAAAACCUAAAGGGAAAUGUAGCCAUGGAGGUGAAUCUGAUCUCACCAGCACCACAGUUCCUCGAGGAGGCAUCAGCAAAGACGAGCGCCGCUCUGACAAUAAGGAAUUUCAUGAUGCUGCUGUAAAUGCAGCAGUAGCCGCCAGCCUCCAGCUGCUAGAAGACAUUCGUUUGGCUUCAGGCAACCAUGACUUUUUGAGAAUGAUGGGGAUUGCUCGUUCAUCUGUGGUGUGCUUUGUCAUCGACACCACCGGCAGCAUGUCAGAUGAUAUUGAAGCAGCUAGGUCGGUUAUGUAUAAAAUCAUUGACAGCAAAAAGGGAACACAGGAUGAACCAUCUGAGUACAUCCUCGUGCCCUUUAAUGACCCAGAGUUUGGACCUAUGAUCAGGACAACUGAUGCUGACAAAAUGAAAAGAGAAAUCUCCAAGCUUAAAGCAGCAGGUGGUGGAGACACACCAGAGAUGUGCCUAUCAGGACUUCAGCUGGCUCUCACUGGAGCCCCUUCCUCAUCCAACAUCUAUGUUUUCACUGAUGCUAUAGCCAAAGACAUUGCCCUGAAAGACACAAUCAUUGCUCUCAUGAGGAGCACCAAGUCAACGGUCUCAUUCUUUAUGACAGGGUCAAGCAGGAGGCGGCGGCGGUCUCUAGCAAGUUCCUCCUUUGGAGACUAUAAGGACUUGGCUUUGGCAUCUGGAGGCCAGGCUAUCCAGGUGUCCAAGUCCCAACUUCCUCAGGCUACAGAUAUUAUCCUUGACACCUCAACUUCUGCUCUGGUAACAGUGCUUCAGAGAGCUGCUGUUGCAGGGCAAGAGACUUUCCCUUUUGCGUUGGAUGAAUCUCUGAAAAACAUCACUAUCUACAUCACAGGAACAUCACUAACUUUCACAUUGACCAAUCCUGCUGGUGUUACCCAGACUGACACUGAAGCCAGUGGUAAACUGGGAACCAUCAACACAGUCGGUAACCUCAGGAGAAUCCGUCUGUAUGCUGACAAGCAGUCAGGAACCUGGCAGAUCAACAUCAAAUCCAGUCAGCCAUACACACUCAAAGUCACAGGCCAGAGCACAAUUACCUUUAUCUAUGACUUUGUCGAAAAGUUCGCAGGACCUCACUCAGGCUAUGCAGUACUCAGCGGACGUCCACGAGCAGAUCAGCCUGCCACCCUGAUGCUCUCAGUAAUAGGAAGAAAAGGUCCAACGUCAACAACUAUCAAAGAGGUUGGCUUGGUAACAAUGUCUGGUCCAGAGGUUGUAACCAAUGGCACAAUGACUGACAUGGGGAAUGGAGAGAUCCUGGUCACGGUCGCUGCCGUUCCUGAGGGGGAGUUUGUGCUCAUCCUGAAAGGAAAGGACACAGUGUCUAGCAGCGAUUUUCAGAGACAGUCUACCACCCAGAUGUCUGUCUCCAAAGUUAAUAUCCAGGCUGCAGUGGAAAGCAGUGUUGAGCCAGGGGAAACUUUUAAACUUCCCUUCAGUGUGAUGACCCAAGGUGAAGGAGGUACAUACACCAUCAGCGCCCGAAACGACAGAGACUUUCCUUUGUCAUACCCAAAGACGCUCAGUUUGCUAAGUGGAGUAUAUGCUAAUGCUACACUGACUAUUACACCAACUGCUGACACAGAGUCAGGCACUGAUGUCACUCUGACUAUUGAAGCCAAAUCAUCAAGUGGCGUUGACUCCAAUUACGCCGUUCUGAGACUGUCUGUCGUCAAUAAGAUCACAGACUUUAUUCCGCCAAAGUGUGAAGUGACGGCUGUAGUGGCAAAUUGCCCCCAUGACGUCUCAAAAUGUGGACCUUUCCAGUGGGAGCUCUCUGCCAACUUCACUGAUGAAAACGGCACUGGGAUUCAAAGCAUUUCCUUGAUUCAAGGCAAUGGGAAUUUUACACACACCCCUCUGAAUGCUUCCGUCGUCCAAGCGUACUACAGCGCCUCCUGCUGUUCACAGAUCGUCGAGAUUGUAGCUGUGGAUAAGGCUGGCAAUGUGGGCAAAUGCUACCACUCGAUCAUUCGUUCACACAGUUUUCCUGCUACAACUCUGUCGUUGCCACUGUGGCUUUGCCUUUUGGCAUCUAUUUUUGUGGUAGGGCCUUAAAGAAGUUUACAUGAUAAAAUGUUCUGCUUGAAAAAAGCUCUGUCCCUCUUAAUAAAUAUUUAAUGCAGUUUGGUAACUUAAAGCUAUUUGCUUUUGACUAUUGUGAUGACAUUCAUUGCACACUUUGUUGGUGCUGCAAUAGCACCAGCAAACAAUAACUUACUGGAUAGGUUAGGUCAUUGCUACUAAGCAGAAUUAAAUACAACGCUGCAACUUGGUUUUUAAUGCUCAAGAGUCAAGUACUAGAUAUCUGGACACUUUUGUGUCCAUUUAGAUUAGUGAACAAAAAACCUCUUCAAAAAUGUUUUAAUCUGUUUUUGAGAAUCAGAUGCCACAUCUUGUACAUUAUACAUACAAGUGAAAUACAGCGCACAUGUAUUCAAAUCCACAUACGUCGAAGGUUAAGGCAUCAAAAAACUGAUGCAUUACCAAAUAAAAUGGAUCAUUUCACUA